UUUACCCUAAUGUCUUUGGUGGAAAGGAAUACCUGUUCUUACAGCUUGGAUAUAUGAGAUGUACUUUUUAUCUGUCCUGGCGGGAACUGUAAUUUGACAAAACAUAUAUGUGUUUAUUGGGACCCGAACAUUUCCAGUAGACUAAUGAUGAGAGACGAAGGACAAAGGCGCAGACUGGAGUACUGGUGGGUCGCUCUGCGUUUCUCUUUGCUACUGUGCUUCGGAGAGCAGGUUGCGGCUCAGAUAAGAUAUUCUAUUCCCGAAGAGGUAAAAGAAGGUACUGUUGUUGGAAAUGUUGCUAAGGAUUUGGGUCUUGACAUAAGUGCAUUGACGGAUAGGCGCUUUCGUAUUGUUUCGGGAUCUAAUGAUGCUCUUUUCCAGAUAAACCAAGACAAUGGCGCCUUGUAUAUUGAUAGGAAUAUAGACAGAGAGAGCCUCUGUGAAGGCAAUAAUCCGUGCAUGAUGGACCUCAAAAUCGUUGUUGAAAAUCCCUUAGAAAUACAUUAUGUAGGUGUGGAAAUUACCGACGUGAACGAUCAUUCUCCAGUCUUCCCAGAAAAAGAGCAGCGGUUUGAAAUCGCUGAGCACACUGUGCCUGGAACACGAUUUCAACUUCAUGCAGCCCUUGACCGAGAUGUAGGGAUGAAUUCGGUCCAUACAUACAAACUAACAUCAAACGAGCAUUUUGAAAUUGAUGUUCGUCAAAGCGAUGACGAAAAAAUUCCAUUUUUAGUGUUGAGAAAAUCACUGGAUAGAGAACAAAACCAUGUACUUAAAUUAGUAGUAACGGCGAUAGAUGGAGGGAAACCUAAAAAAUCAGGUGCUCUUAAUGUCACCAUAAUUGUUAUUGAUGUUAAUGAUAAUCGGCCAGUUUUUAGUCAAGAUACAUAUCAAACUAGAAUACAGGAAAACGUACCAGUUGGCACAGCUGUGGUUCAAGUGAACGCAACAGAUCUUGAUGAGGGAAGCAAUGGUGACAUUGAAUACAGCUUAGGUAAAACUUUACGGCGAAAGGUUUACGAUAUUUUUGAGCUUGAUAGUUUAAGCGGUGAAAUUCGAGUGAAAGGUGAAGUGGACUUUGAAGAUACAGAGGUAUAUAAACUUGACGUGCAAGCUUCAGACAAAGGAACGCCUCCAUUAACUGCUGAAUGUAGAGUAAUAAUUAAGAUUAUUGACGUCAAUGAUAAUAAGCCAGAGAUAGACGUCACAUCGCUCUUGAACACUGUGUCUGAAGAAUCAAAACCGGGAACAGCCAUUUCCCUCAUUAGUGUAACUGAUAAAGACUCGGGAAUCAAUGGCAAAGUAAUAUCGACAAUAUCAGAGAACGUACCCUUUGAGUUAAAGACAUCAUAUAAAGAAAACGUUUAUUCAAUUGUCACAAAGGGGCAAUUAGAUAGAGAGCUCAUAUCAUAUUAUGACAUCACAAUAACAGCCACUGACUGUGGUCAGCCUCCUCUGUCCUCCUUCAAAACUCUGAGCGUCCAGAUAUCAGAUGUGAACGAUAACAGACCAGAAUUCUCUCAAAAUCCUCUUGAACUUUAUAUGUUGGAAAACAACGCUCCUGGUGCGUCAAUAUUCUCUGUAAGCGCUGCUGAUAAAGACAUGAAUGAAAAUGCUGCUGUCUCCUAUCACAUUAUUAGAGGCGAAGGGAAAAUGAAUGAUAUGGCAUCUUUCCUGAAUGUCAAUCCUGACAAUGGACACAUUUCCGCGCUAAAAAGCUUUGACUUUGAAUCUUUGAAAACGUUCCAAUUCCAAGUUGUAGCAACUGACUCUGGAACUCCGUCACUAAGCAGCAACGUCACAGUGAAUGUGUUCCUUCUGGAUCGGAACGACAACGCUCCAGUUAUCUUGUAUCCAGUCAGCGCUAACGGUUCUGCUGAAGGCGUGGAGGAGAUUCCCCGCAAUGUGAACUCAGGACAUUUGGUGACUAAAGUGAGAGCCUAUGACGCAGAUGUAGGAUAUAACGGAUGGUUGCUGUUUUCAAUGCAGGAAGUUAGUGACCACAGUCUCUUUUCUCUGGACCGCUACACAGGACAGAUAAGGACACUUCGGUCCUUCACAGAGACAGACGAGGCUGAACAUAAACUGGUCAUACUGGUCAAAGACAAUGGGAACGUUUCACUCUCAGCAACAGCUACUGUGAUCAUCAACGCUGUGGAGCCCAAAGAGGCUUUUGCUGCAUCUGAUGUUAAAAGCUCAGUCAAAGAUGAUGAUGAGAACAAUGUUACAUUCUAUUUGAUCAUCACUUUGGGGUCAGUUUCAACUCUUUUCCUGGUCAGCAUCAUCGUGUUGAUUGUAAUGCAGUGUUCUAAAACACCAGAUUAUUCAUCCAAGUAUUUACAAGAAACGAACUAUGACGGGACACUGUGCCACAGCAUCCAGUACAGAUCUGGAGACAAACGGUACAUGUUAGUUGGACCCAGAAUGAGUAUAGGUUCUACUAUCGUCCCGGGAAGCAAUGGGAAUACUCUGGUGGUCCCCGAUCACAGGAGUCGUGCGUCUGGAGAGGUAAGAGCUAUUUGUAUUGAUCGUUUUUUAAGCAUUCUUUUUUCUGUAUCAUAA